ACUUUCUUCCCAUUUCCACUCGGUUCCUGUUGGCCUCUUCCAGCGUUCAGCAGCAGCAGCAGCAACAAAAGGUGCAAGGAUCGUCCAGGAUCUGUGUUCCAGCCAACACACGGACCACACACAGCAACCAUUGGAUGUUGGUGGUUGUUUUGUGCACCUGUCCUUCUGUGUCCUCAAGUGCUUCCUUCUAAACACCCCAUCACCCCCUCGAAUUUGUAUGUGGUGUUUUGGUGCGGCAGCAAUUGUUUCGUGCGGUUUUGUCCGGUUUAUGACCCGCGGCAUCAGUGCUUCCGAUCGGAAACGGUGAGAGUAACGAGGGAGCAGAGGAGCAGCAUAAAUCCACUACCCCCCCCUGGUCUAGGAUGACUACGAUUGAGCGGAUCAAGCAAAACUUCCCCAUCCACUGGCACGUCUGGAACAACGAUUAUCAGGAGCUCCAGCAGGCAAUCAACGAAAAAAAGCAUGACCUGGAGAAGCUCGAUCCCAGGGGACGCACGCCGCUCAUGCUGGCGGUCAAGCUGUGCCAUCUGGAGUGCGUGAAGGCACUGCUGGCCGCCAAGUGCAAUGCGAAUGUUGAGUGUGAUGGAUGGUCCGUCGUACAGGAGGCCGUCUGCUCGGGCGAUCCCAACAUUGUGACCGCCAUACUGGAGGUGCGCGAUUUGCAGCGACACAUCAAACGUGUCUCGCAUGUGCCACAGUUGCUACAGCACCUGCAGGAUACGCCCGAUUUUUACGUCGAGAUGAAAUGGGAAUUUACGAGCUGGGUACCGCUCAUGUCGCGCGUCUGUCCGAGCGACACGUACAAGGUGUACAAACGGGGUUCGAACGUACGCAUCGAUACGACGCUGCUCGGAUUCGAUAGUGCUAGCAGCUGGCAGCGGGGUAACCGAAGCUACAUCUACAAAGCCACCCAACCAAACUCGGCCAGUAUGAUCGAGAUCGAUCACGAUACGGGCGAGGUGUCGAUCGAGCAUAUGCGCAACAUCGAGGACGAAGCGAUCGAUGGAAUUCGGCCUAGCAGGGAGGCGGUGGCCAUGCGGCUGCAGGCACCGGUCAUCUGUAAUCACAUCGACAUGGACAAGAUUAGCUUCGAGCGCAAUAAGUCCGGCUUUUGGGGUUGGCGAAGCGAGAAGGUAGAAUCGAUCAAUGGCUACGAGUGCAAGGUGUACGGGGCCAGCAACGUGAAGUUCAUUACGCGUACACGCAGCGAGCAUCUCGGUGAGGAUCAGGCGAGAAUGAAAAAUUCCCGCACGCCACUGCAACACUUCCUUGGGAUGGCGGACGAAGAUUAUGAUCACUCGGCCGUAGCGGUGGGAGCCGCUGGAAGCACACCACCGUCACCGGACGAUGGAUCGGAAGCGGGUGCAGUGGGAGGUCGGCCAAAUAGCAGCACCGCCAGCAGUAGUGCAUCACCGGAGCCAAAUCGCGUGGAGGCAGCAGUAGCAGCAGCAGCAGCAGCACCCACGGCGGAAGAAUACUUUUCCGAUAUCGACCUGAACGGCCGGGACAUUGGGAAACCGAAGCGCAUCACGGCGAAAGAGCAACACUUUAAGGCGAACAUGUGGUUGAGCGAGUUGUUUCCGAUUAAGCUGCAGGAACAGGUGCUACCGAUACUGGACCUCAUGUCCACGAUGGCCAGUCCGCACGUGUCGAAGUUGCGCGACUUCAUUACCAUGCAACUGCCGGCCGGUUUUCCAGUGAAAAUAGAAAUUCCGCUCUUCCACGUGCUGAAUGCGGUCGUCACGUUCGGGAACGUGUUUGCAAUGGAAACGGCGGUACCGCAUGUCAGCCAUAUACGCGAAAGUGACGAAAGGACGACCUGCAUUAUCGACGAUGUGUGCUUCGAGGUACCGGCCGAGUAUGGGGUCGUACGACGCGCUGAUAGCGAUGCUACCUCAUACCGGCCCCAGAUGUCUACGUUCGAGGAUGAGGACGAGCUGAUGCAGUUCGCCAUUCAGCAGAGCCUGUGCGAGACGGGCAGCGAGAACGAUAAAGUCGACAUCUGGGAGGCACUCAAGGCACCGAGGCCACUAACGCCCCAGUACUACGAAGAUGAGCAGCUGCAAAGAGCUUUGCAAGAAUCCCUGAUCACCGGAUACCAAAGUGGCGCCGGAGCAAACGCUGUGGUUGCUAGUAGUAACGCUCCGCUACUAGCAAUAGAGGGCACACCAGUAGCAGCAGCAGCAGCAGCAGGUGGGGUGCCCAACGCAAUCAACAACCAUUUGCCUCCGUCCGCCGAUGACUAUAUCGAUCCGAAUCUGGAGCUUGCGAUCAAGCUGAGCCAGGAGGAGGAAGAACGCCGGGAAGCAGAUCGAUUGCGCGAAGAGGAAAUGCUGGCAGAAGCGUUGCGGCUUAGCUUGCAGGAAAAGUAGAUGCGCAACCCGGAGCCAGGAACCAAACAAACCAAAACCCGCCCAACUACUACUAGUGGAUGAAGGAAGGUGCUUUGGAAAGUCGGUAGAAGAGCUCGAUUUCCAUUCCAACAUUGGGCAGAAAGUGUGCUAAACGAACAGAUUAAUCCCCUCCGCCCGAAAGCGAAUAGAUAGUCCUAUAGUUUCGUUAGCUAUACCCGUCCAUGCAAUACUUGCCAGCUCGAGGCAAACGUCCGCAUCGAGACGCCAUGCUGCGUUCCUGCCGUUAUUCCCAAGUAUUCUGUUUCUUCCUGCAUUCCUUCGGGAUGCGAUCAUGAUCGUGAAUGGUGGGUGGACGGAGACGGAUUUGGCUGAGAAGAACGAGGAGCUCUAGCAAAAACACACAGUCGUUGUACCUAUAUAACCAUUGAAUAAACCUACGAGAACGACAGCGCCAGAAGCGCGUGCAGCUGUGUAUCGUGGAGGCGCCAGCCAAUACGUAUCUAAGGCAAAAAGCAACUAUUUUAUAAACUACUCGCUUCGUCAAGUCACGCGGAUCAAUAAAUUUUAUC